AUGCACUUUACGGCAUUUGAUCGUACUAGAACUCACCCAGUUAAAUCAUCAUGCUCCUUCUGUUAUCUCGUUUCAAUUACACAGCUCCUGUUUUGUGCAUCUUGCGCUGAACCAUUCCAUUUCUACUGUGUGGAACGCCAGUUUAGACCUCGACGCAAGGAUCACUUCAUUUGCCGCAAUUGCACGCAGUGCCGUCAGUGCCGUCGUUCGGCUGCUGACUUGCGGUGCGUGCGCUGUUCCGGUGGCUACCAUCCUACUUGCCUACCGAGUUACGCUCCUGCUCAAUCCAGCCAGCGCGGCAACUGGGUUUGUCCCCAUUGCACCAGCUGCGUUCACUGCGGUGCCAAGCCACUGAAAAAAUCACUUGAUUCAAGUGAUGACACUGAAUCGACCGUUUUAUGGUCUCCCGAUUGCAGCAAGUGUGCCGCCUGUGGACUCGCGGAAGCACGUGGGGACGUUUGUCCGGAAUGUGAUCGGGCCUACUUACCUACGGCCAAACAAAUGAUACAAUGUGAUACGUGUCAACUUUGGAUGCAUCGAACAUGCACCAAACUCACUACCGACGAAUACGAGUGGAUUGCGCGUCUUCCUACCGGAAGAUUGAACAAGUAUAUCGUCAAUUGUACCGUUUGUCAAAAUGAGCAGAACCAGCGGAUGGCGGCCACCUCUAAUUCAGUUGAUUCGGGAGAGUCGUCCGCUAAAACUGAUAACCUCAACGGCGCUGAGCGGCUACGAUCUCUAGCCAAAGACACGCUAAUGGAUCGGAUGGCCACGCUGGUCGCCAGUUGUCGUCGUGCUACUGCAAGUUCUGACUCAAUCAACCAAUUGGCUCAGACACAUGAUUCACCUGAACUUUCGAAGGUUUCAUCACGCGUGCAGUCUGCAUUAACCUUUUCGUUGGAUAAUUAUAAAACUGGCUCGCUUGAUCGACCAGCCUUCCCACAGGUGGACGGAAACUUUGAUGAGGACAGUGAAGCGGAGAGUGUUCAUGGCGCUAGACAGGAAUCAUCCACCGACGCAUCUAUGUUGCCUGGCUGCGCAUCGGAUAUUUUGCUUUACGAGGACGCCAAUCCAUUGCCCAUUCCUUCCAGAUUGAUCUCAAUCUCACCUGAUUCUUGUUCAAAUGCACCUGUACUUAGACGAACGGAAAUGCGCGAUCGUCACCGACGAACCUCUGGAGGUCGCAGUGAACGACCCAAAGUUUGUAUGAGCAGCGUUCGCCCUCUCUCGUCGCUAGGCCCCCCUCCGACAACUGCUUAUUGGCUGACUGAAAGCGAAACGGCUGAAAUUUGGACGAGUCCACGAAUUUUACUCUAUCGUGUUCUGACACGAGUAAUACAUCGGCUAUCAGCACAUCCUAUCGAUUCGCUGUAUGCUGUUGUCCUCCGGCGUAUGCUCAAGUGGCUAUCCGCUGCCACCGAAUACCUUUUCCCCUGGUUAGACAUUACCGAAAUGGCCAAUGAUGUGCGCGACGUGCUGCGCCAAGCCAAAGGAGAGUUUGCUGCGGUUUGGCGACAUUUUGAAAAUUGUGCUCUCCUCGAGUUGCACGAGCUUCUGUGCCCCGUCAUUGCUCGAACUACUGGAAGGUUGCUUUACUCUCAGUCCCUCCUCUUCCCAUCUUCGGCGCGGCCUUGGGCAGAUAUGGCAGCUGUGGACCAGUGCAUCUCCACUGUCUCUCAGCACAUCAAGGCACAUCAUCAUUCAGAUGUACUGAUCCCUCCAGACGACACCCCACGGAAACUCUCUGAAUUUAAGCAUAUCAUUGCUCUGAAGGAUUUACUGAUGCAGUGUCCCUCUAGCCAGUGUCAUCGGCCACACGAGUUGGAAAUGCUAGAAAAGAUGAAGACCGAGUCUCGUGAAGAGCGAUGGGUUGAACACUGGUCUGCCACCGAAGAGAAAAUGGUCUUGCGCAACUUUCAGCGUUGUCUCCUUCGCCAGUCUCAACGUUUGGCAGCAAGCUCAAUCCAACAGAGGAAAACGCAACCCAGUAAUUUUGGAGAGAAUUGCUCGGAGCAUUCCGUUUUCACACACCCGUCGGGAAUAACGACUAUGGAUGACACAUCUCACUCGGAGAGAACUGCGAUUGCGAAUGACUACUGUGACAAUAAGGUGAAGAAUGAACCUGUAAUUACCUUCAAAUCCCAGUCACUAAUGAGUGCGAAAUUUCAACCAGGCGAAGUGGAUGUGAAAGAACUGCGACGAUCCGCGCCCCAGUUUUUUAAGCACCCGGCCCAGUUUUAUUUUGCGGAUUGUGAUUUUUGGGCAUCCAUGCCGGAUGUGGCACCCCCCACUAACUGCACGAAAGAGCCACCAGUGGAUCUAGACGAAGACCCGGAGCCCCGUUCAGCAUUGGAUUUCACCAGUGAUGAGGAAGAUGUCCGCCCUUGCCUACUUUGUGGUCACCAUGGAGACAACGGUAUUGAGGGCCGUUUGCUAUUUACUGGCGCAGAUACUUGGCCUUCCUGUGGUGUAGAUAGUCACGGCCACUGCAGCUCAAUGGCUAAGGCUCCUGCCGCUCCAGCUCGCAUUCCUAAGUUGUCACUUACAUGGAAUAUCGACGAACCUGAAACUUCCCGGUUGCAUGGGAUGAUGAACGCAUCAUUAAUCUUCAAGUCUCUCAACAUGAGCCCUAUUCACUGGAAGUGUGUACCUCAGCUUUGCGGUCUGAGGGGAAAACACUGUGCCUCCAUUUGUGGUGUAAUCAUUAGAAGAAAGCGGAAAGGUGCUAAACGGAUUUGCGACGCUCCUGCCAACAGUAAUGACAACGAAUGGUGA